CCUAAUAAAUUACCAAAAACCUAUCCAAUCUCAUUGUUGAGAGGUUGUCGACUGGUACUUUGAUUCAGAGUAAAUCAGUAAAAGCAGAGUCAAGAAGAAGAAUAAAUCAGAGGCCAAAGCCAUGGAAGAUUCAAGAACAACAACUGGAUCUGGCAGAAAGGCAGUGCCUAUCCUCCCACCCGACCUCCUCGUUUCAAUACUCUUGAAACUGCCCGCAAAGUCUCUGUUGCGAUGCAGGUGCGUUUCCAGAUCAUGGCUCUCUCUAAUCUCCCAACCCCAAUUCAUUAAAAAUCACCUCAAUCUAUCAAUCAAAAGUCCCACACAAAACAUACUCUUAACAACGUUUGAUACCAAUGAUUGGAUCUACACAGCAAACUUAGGAGCCUUUGAUAAUGUCAUUGUAGCACAAAAGCUUGAUUACAUUCUUGAUCACAAGCCUCAUGAUUUGCCCCAAAUUAUUGGUUCUCAUAAUGGGUUGGUAUGCGUAAUCUUUAACAUGAUUAUUCAAGAGGAACUAUAUUGUUUAUUCUACGUAUCCAAUCUCUCGACGAGAGUCUACAAGCAAAUAGAAUACUUCAAUUUGCCUCACUGUGCAAAUUUUCACAUACAUGGGUUCGGCUAUGAUCACUCUGUUGAUGAUUACAAAGUGUUGAAAGGCAGCGAAUACGGGGUCUAUGUGUAUUCAUUAAGAACUGACUCUUGGAAAAAGGUAGUUCAAGACUUCCCAAUCAAAUCAAUCGGUGGAGACUUCAGUUAUCAAGGCAUUGUCAAAGAUUCUGGGACACACCUGAAUGGAGCCAUCCAUUGGCUCUGUUCGAUUACCUCGAAGCGGCCAUUAACAAUUGUUGCUUUUGAUUUGGUAGAUGAAAUAUUCAGGAAGAUUCCCCUGCCUGAUUUAUCCAGUGUUGAUUUUGAUCGUCGGACAAUCAAACUUGAGGUGUUUGGAGGAUGUCUUUGUAUACUACCAAUGUGUGCUCGUGAAUUUCUGGUAAUGAAGGAAUAUGGAGUGAAGCAGUCUUGGACUAAAAUUGAGAUUGCAAUCCCACAUCCUGGCAAUGUGUAUCCAUGGGCUUGUUUGAAGAACGAUGAAGUUCUGUUGAAGUUGGACCAUGAAAAGUUUGUUUUGUACAACACAGGAGAACGAACAUAUAGAGAUCUUGAUCUUUGUGGUGUCCCAGCUAGGGUCAUUUUAUCUUACAAAGAUACCUAUUUGGAUACCCUUGUGUCACCCAUCAUGGUGCAUGAGACACGGAGUCAAAAGAGGCAAUGCCAAGCUAGUCAAAGGGGGCAAUGUCAACCUAGACAAAGGAGGCAAUGUCUAGCUAGUCAAAGGAGGCAAUGUGUAGCUAGUCAAAGUUAUGCAGAUGAGUGUGAAGAAGUUGGGGAGCACUGAUCCGCCCGAGAUGUGAUCGUUUUACUACUGCUGCCAUUGUGAUUAGGGCUCAAAUGUGACCUCUCUUCAAUUUUGGUGAUAUACCUCCAGGCUAACACCAGGCCCUGCACGUACUAUGCAUCCCUGCAUACAAAAAGUUACUUGCAGUUCUAAGCAGGAUUGUUCUUUAAUCAUUUGAUUGUUUUCUUACUUGUGUAAUAUCAAGUACAAGGCAGAAGUUACAUAGUUGGAGAUACAAAACUAAUAAAUAAAAAAAAAUCAAAUUGUUUUUCUAGUUUUUGUAAUGUGACAGGUUUCUUUUAUUGUUAUUAUUAUUAUUAUUAUUAUUAUUAUUAUUAUUACAAAUACAUGUAAUGGGAGUAGAUUACUUAGUGGAUUCAAAAUUGUUCAUUGUUUUGUGAA